UAUAUCAAUCAAGGGUUCAAAUAUUAGCGUGUCCUGGAUUAGGUCGGUGGGGUUAAGUGCACUGGAAACAAUCAGUCAGAGAAAGGGUAGUCAGAUAUCUAGCAGCAGAUGUACCCAAAGAUUUGUUUCAGAAGCAGAAACCUUUCUCUUCAAGUGCAUGUCAACCUCUUGGUCUUCGCACAAGACAAGAGAGAGAAGUGCCUUUUCUCCUUUCUCAGCUCUCACUCCUCACUUCUCCCUUCCUCAGACUCACAGGGAUUACACACACAGACAGCAGACACAGCUAAAGCUACAGCUACAGCUCAGCUGCAUGCAGCAGAGAUGUCAGACUUCGAUCGACUAAAUACAAGAGAGACACAGCUUCAACUCAAUAGGAGGAGGGAAGGGAAGGGAAGGGAAGUGUGUAGUUAAUAGUAAAUUGAUUAUGAAUAUAUAACCUCUGUGUGUGCGCUCUGCUCUGAAUGAAAAAUAAAUACUCAUAAAUUAAUAAGCAAGCAAAGCACUAUUUAAUUUAGGAGACUUUGGUUUCAAGAUGGACAGAAAAUGCCAAUUUUGCACAACCGUUACAUCCCACGCGUCCAAACUACACUGUUCUCUUCUUUAUUAACAACUCAACUUUGGUCAGACUAUUUACUGUAGCUUAAUUGCAAACUUUAUCUCGGAAAUCACACCUUUCUUUACUUAUCAUCAUUAGUGUUAUCUCUCACUCACUUACCCAUCACACCCUUUGCCUUUCUUAGUUUUCCGGCGAGCCUGUAAAGAACAAGUCGCCGCCGGGAAGAGAUGUCGCCGGUGGCAGGAAACAAGGGCUCCAAUGGGUUGCUGGGUAGGCAUUAUCCUGCACCCCAUGCUACCCAUGAGGAAGUUGUCAAAGACCCUGUUGUUUUCUGGGACACUCUCAGGCGCUUCCACUUGAAGAUGAACACCAAGUUUAUGAUCCCUGUGAUUGGAGGAAAGGAGCUAGAUUUGCACAUAUUAUAUGUAGAGGUAACACGGAGAGGUGGCUUUGAGAAGGUUCGGCUAUCUAUCCCCUCAUUUCCAAAGUACCAAGUAUUUUUUCAGGUUGUUGCAGAGAAGAAAUGGAGGGAAGUGGGUGCCAUUUUCAUGUUCUCCCCAACAACAACAAGCGCUUCUUUUGUGUUGAGGAAACACUACUCAACUCUUCUUUACCAUUAUGAACAGGUUUACUUCUUCAAGACACAGGGUCCUUUAUGUACCCCUACAGCUACUGCAUUUUCCAUUAGUAACCAUUCUGAGUCUGCAGACAAACCUGAGCUUGCUCUGGUGGAAUAUUCCCCCAAACACAUAAAAGAUUGUCCGCAUGUCAUUGAAGGUACGGGAACCAUUGAUGGGAAAUUUGACUGUGGCUAUUUCAUAACUGUGAAAUUGGGUUCGGAAGUUCUCAGCGGAGUUCUCUACCAUCCUAGUCAGCAGCCUCUACCUGGUCCUCCUUCUAAUCCACUUAGUCCAGCUCCCCAACCUGUUAAUGCCAUUGUACCAUACACCAAAAGAUCUUGUCGUCUUUUGGGUUCGAAGAGGAGGAGGAGAAAAAGGGGAGAUCCCAACUAUCCAAAACCCAACAGGAGUGGCUAUAAUUUCUAUUUUGCUGAAAAGCAUUACAAGCUCAAGUCCCUCUACCCAAACAGAGAAAGGGAGUUUACCAAGAUGAUAGGCGAGUCUUGGAGCAAUCUCACUGCAGAAGAGAGGCUGGUUUACCAGAAUAUUGGGUUGCAAGACAAAGAAAGAUACAAGAAAGAGUUGAAAGAGUACAAGGAGAGUAUGAAGCUCGGGAGUCAGGCAGACCUUGGAAAUGAACAAAAGUUGAUCACUAGAGCUUAAGAAGAGAGUCGAGAGAUUAAAUCAGCUUUGGGGCGUGUGUGUGUAUAUGAGAGAGAAAGUAGUCUCUGGUUGUCAAAAAGAAAGUUUAUGCAACCAUUUUACGGUGCAAGAUGAUCAAAUUCCUAAACUUUAGCUUUAAUAUGCGAGGGGCACUUAACAACUC